AUGUCUUCCUCAACAGGGUUCCAGAAAGAGACAGAUGACUCUCUAAGGAAUAGAGACAAAGUCUCUCAAAAGCAUGAAAUAAAUAAUAUAUCUAAUGAAUUGAAUGACACCUCUAAGGAUAAAAACACCACCAACAAUGAAAUACCUAAUCCAUUGAUACGCGUAGAAGCAAUUGUUGCUCCUAUUGUUUUCACAAUAUUAGCAUUAUUCGUAAGAAUGUACAAAAUCAGUGCUAAUAACCAUGUUGUGUGGGAUGAAGCUCAUUUUGGUAAGUUUGGUUCUUACUACCUUAGACAUGAAUUUUACCACGAUGUUCAUCCACCUUUAGGGAAAAUGUUGGUCGGUUUAUCAGGUUACAUUGCCGGUUACAAUGGUUCUUGGGAUUUCCCAUCUGGUGAGAUUUACCCAGAUUAUAUCGAUUUCGUCAAAAUGAGACUCUUUAAUGCAGCAUUCUCAGCAAUGUGCGUCCCAUUGGCUUAUUUUACUGCAAAGGCUAUCGGUUUCUCUCUCCCAACUGUUUGGUUCUUCACAUGUUGUGUAUUGUUUGAAAAUACUUAUGCUACUUUAGGUAGAUUCAUAUUAUUAGAUUCCAUGCUAUUAUUUUUCACUAUUGCAUCCUUCUUUUGUUUUGUUAAAUUCCACAACAGUGAAGUUCAUCCUUUUUCUUGUAAUUGGUGGAAGUGGUUGACUUUGACAGGUAUCUCCUUAGGUUGUACUAUAUCUGUUAAGAUGGUCGGUCUUUUUAUCAUCUCUGUUGUUGGUAUUUACACCGUUGUCGAACUAUGGAAUGGUCUAGCUGAUAAAAAAAUGUCAUGGAAAACUUAUUUUAGUCAUUGGAUUGCUAGAAUUAUUUGUUUAAUUGUGAUCCCUUCAGCUAUCUUCAUGUUCUGUUUUGUUCUACAUUUCCAUUUCCUUUACAAAUCAGGAACUGGUGAUGGUAAUAUGCCCUCUUUAUUCCAAGCUAGGCUAGAAGGUACUGAAGUUGGACUUGGUCCUCGUGACGUUGCCCUGGGUUCAAGUACAAUUACCUUAAAGAAUCAAGCAUUUGGUGGUAGUUUAUUACAUUCUCACAUUCAAACAUAUCCAGAAGGUUCAGAACAACAACAAGUUACUGCUUACGGGUUCAAGGAUGCAAACAAUGACUGGUUCUUUGAUAGAAUUAGAGAUGUCGAAUCAUGGAAUGAAAAUGAAACUGACAUCGAAUACGUUAGAAGUGGCGGUGAAUACAGACUUUUGCAUAAAAAUACUGGUAGAAAUUUACAUUCUCAUUAUGUCCGUGCACCAAUGACUCAACAGGCUAGUGAAGUCUCAUGUUAUGGUAAUGAAACUAUCGGUGACAAUAAAGAUAACUGGAUUAUUGAAAUUAUUGAUCAAAAGAAUGACGAAGACGCUACAUUGUUACAUCCUUUGACUACUAUUUUCCGUAUUAAGAAUGGACCACUAGGUUGUUACCUAACUCAAACAGGUAACACCUUACCAGAUUGGGGUUUCAAACAACAAGAAAUUGCAUGUAUGGACAAAAUUUCUGCUAAGGACAAGAGAACGUGGUGGAACAUUGAAACAAAUGAAAAUGAUAGACUUCCUGAUAGACCUGAAAACUUCACAUAUCCAAAAUCUGGUUUCUUAGAAAACUUCAUCAACUUAAACACUGCAAUGAUGACUACAAACAAUGGUUUGAUUCCUGAUAAUGACAAAUUCGAUAUUUUGGCAUCUUCUGCAUGGGAAUGGCCUACUCUUCACGUUGGUCUGAGACUAUGUGGUUGGGGUGAUGAUGUUGUUAGAUAUUAUUUAUUAGGUACUCCAUUCUCAACUUGGGGUUCAUCGAUUGCAGUAAUAGGUUUUAUGAUCUAUGUUGCUACUUUAAUAUUGAGAUGGCAAAGACAAUAUGUUGACUUAAGCAAUCCUCAACAAUUAAAUGUUUUCCUAAUGGGUGGUCUAUACCCUCUAUUAGCUUGGGGUCUACAUUAUGCUCCAUUUGUUAUCAUGUCAAGGGUUACAUAUGUCCAUCAUUACAUGCCAGCUCUAUAUUUUGCAUUAAUAAUUUUUGCUUAUUGCUUAGAAACUUUGACAAACUUGAUACCACACAACAAAUUUGGUAACAUUUUGAAGUUCAUCACAUAUACCAUUUAUAUUGCCGGUGUUGUUGGUUGUUUCUGGUAUUUCUCUCCAAUUUCCUUUGGUAUGGAAGGUCCAAGGAUCAAAUAUCGUUACUUAGCAUGGUUACCAGGUUGGACUAUGACAACUGAAAAUCCAUAUUAA